GCAGGCGUAACGGGCAGCGGAAGUAGGAAGUAGCGGACGCGAUAAAAGGGCUCGUGGGGUCCUCGCUAAGGGCAUUGCGCUCCUCCCCCGCUGCGUGUGUCGCCCCUCCUCUCUCCAUCCUGGGGCUCCGGUCGCGGGACCCUCCGGGCGGCCGCACGUGUUGUCAGGCGCGGGCUCCUCCCCUCUCCGCCCCCUUCCCCGGAGCCUCGGCGCCGCGCGUUCCCUGCCCGCCGCGAUGGCGCUCGACCCCGCAGGAAACGGAGGCACAGAGGUUAAUGGUAGUGGUGGAGUUGGUAGAAGUGCAAAGGAAUUCCACAGUGCAUAAUGAUCAGACCAGUUUGUGGUUCAGCGAUUGGGUCAGAAUUCAUGGAGCAAUGAAACGGCGGAUCUGGGCUUUGAAGAGUAGGAUUUCCAGAGGUUGGAGUAUCCUGUGUCAGAGCAGCAUCUCAGACAUGUUGAAAAAGACGUUUUGAUUCCUAAAAUAAUGAGAGAGAAGGCCAAAGAGAGGUGUUCUGAACAAGUUCAAGAUUUUACCAAAUGCUGCAAGGAAUCUGGAAUCCUUAUGGUAGUAAAAUGUCGGAAGGAAAAUUCUGCAUUGAAAGAAUGUCUAACUGCCUACUAUAAUGAUCCAGCCUUUUAUGAAGAAUGCAAAAUGGAAUACCUGAAGGAAAGGGAAGAAUUCAGAAAAACUGGAAUUCCUACUAAGAAGAGACUACAGAAGCUCCCCACCAGCAUGUAGAAAAUAUUCCAGUGACAUUCAGAAACUGUAAUAUCUGUGGAAGUCAUUUACAAUAUAAGUCACCUAGCAUAAUGGACUCUACAUAAAAAUAUUUCAUCCUAAUUAUGAAAAAUAUUACCUGAAAUACAGAUCUUUAUUUCAAAGUCCUGAUCUAUUAAAUGAUAGAAGUAAA